AUGGAGAACGCACAGAAAGUGGAGGCGGCAGUGACAUCCACCGUUGAUACCCUCUUUGCGGUGGGGGCGUUGUUCAAGGAGGCGCAGGAGGAGAGGGCGAUCGAGGAGAGGCGGCGUGCCGGGCAACGGGCAAAGGCGGCGGCGGCGUUGAAGGAGGAGAGGGCAAAGGCGGCGGCCGCGCGCGCAGCGGAGGCGGAGGCGGAGGCGGAGGCGGCCGAGCAGAAGCGGUUGGCGGAGGAGCGAGCCGCGGCCGCCGCCAAAGCGGCGCUGGCAGCGGCAGAGGCUGAGGAAGAGGCAGAGAGGGCGGCGGCAGCAGCGAUGGCCGUCAAGGCUGAUACCGAAGCAGCCGCGGCCGAAGCAGCGGCGGCAAAGGCGGAGCUGGAGGCAGCAGCACGGUGGGAGGCCGAGGCGGCCGCAGCGGUUGAGGCGGCAGCGACGGCAGCGGCCGAGGUGGCCGAGGCGGCCGAGGCGGCCAAGGCGGCCGAGGCGGCCGAGGCAGCCAAGGCGGCCGAGGCGGCCGAGGCGGCCGAGGUAGGGGCGGAGAGGGCGGCAAAGGCGGAGGAGGCGCAGCUGGCAGCCAGGGCCAAGGUGGAGAAGGAGAGGGGCGUGGCCAAGGCACGGGCGGUCAAGCCGGAGAAGGCAGUCUCUCCGCCAGCCGCCCCUCCGCCGCCGGCAAGUGGCAAAGUGCCGGCGCCGCAGGCGGACGUGCGCGAGAAUGCGCAGCAGAUCGAGGCGGCGGUGACGGGGGCGGUGGACGUCAUCUGGGCGGUUGGGGCGCUGUUCAAGGAGAAGCAGGAGGAGAGGGCGGCGGAGGAGAAGCGGCGUGCCGAGGAGCGGGCAGUAGCGAGGGCAAAGGCGGCGGAGGAGAGGGCAAAGGAGGCGGAGGAGGAGGCGGCGGUGGAGGCAGCGGCCGCAGCGGUACGCGAGGCGGAGGAGGCGGCUGCGAAGGCGGCGGCGGCGGCGGAGGCGGAGGAGAGGCAGAUCAGAGUCCUGUACCGCGAGGCGGUGUCCAACCGGGCGGCGCUCGCGACUCUGGCGAAGGAGGCGGCGGCGCGGGCGGCGGCGGAGGCGGAGCAGAAGAAGGCGGCGGCCGCUGCGGAGGCGGAGAGAAAGGAGGCGGAGGCGAGGCGCAAGGAGGCGGAGGAGGCGGCGGAGGCGAAGCGCAAGGAGGCCGACGCCGAGGCGGAGAUUAGGCGAGCUGCAGAGGAGACAGCGGCGAGGGUGGCAGCGGAGGCGGAGGCAAAGAGGGCGGCUGAGGCGGCGGCAGCAGAGGCGGCGGCGGAGGCGAGGGCGAAAGCGGCAGUCGCGGCCGCCGAGAAGGCGGUCGAGGAGGCCAGGGUGGCGGCGGAGGCAGAGGCGAAGGCAGCAGCCGAGGCGGCGGCGGAGCGGGCGGCGGCGGCUGCUAACGAGCAGCAGCUGGCAGAGGCGGCGAGGGCAGAGGCGGCGGAGGAGAAGAAGGCGACGGCGGCAUCACGCGACGAAGCGGAGGGUGCGAAGGAGAAGAGGGCGAAGGCGGCGGUGGAGCUGGAGAGGGCAACGGCCAAGGCCAAGGCGGAGGAGGAGGCGGCGAGGGCGAAGAAGGAGGAAGAUGCGGCCUUAGCAGCGGCGAAGGCGGACGAGGCUGCGGCUGCGGCGGCCCGCGAGGCAGCGGCGACGGCGGCAGAGGAGGAGUACAAGGCUUUGGCGGAGGCGCGGGCGGCGGAGGAGCGGCGAGCGGCGGAGGCGGCUGCGGAGCGGGAGCCGGGCGAGGGGAGCGCGGGGCGGGAGGCGGAGGCGAGGGCGGAGGGUACGGAGGGCGACGACGACGGCAUCAAGUACGUCGUGGCGGUGGCCGCCGCCGCAGCGGUGGCUUACCUCUCCACUCCUGGCGUCGAGCCGCCAGGCGCGCUGAUGGCGGGCGCGGGCCAGAGCGGGCUGAGGGAGGCGGCGGCGGCGGUGCGGGCGGAGAUGCGGGGGGCGCUGUCUUCCGCGGGCAGUGCGAGCCGGGCUGCGAGGCUGGAGACGAGCCGAUCGGUGGCGGAGGCGGCGGCCCGUGCGGCGGCCGCAGGCAAGGAGGCGAGCAAGACGGCCGCGGAGACGGCGGCUGCGGUUGCACAGGGGAUGGGCCAGGCGGCGGCCGAGGCGAAGCGGGCGGCCGCAGAGGCGAGCAAGGAGACGGGGCGGGCGGCGGCGGCGGCGGCGGCCAAGGCGGCAGCGGAGACGAGCGCCGCGGCCGAGGGCGCCGGCAAGGCGGCGGUUUCUGCGAGCAAGGCGGCGGCCGCCGCGAGCGAGGGGGCGAGCAAGAGGGCGGCCAAGGCGGCGAGGGCGGCGGCGGAGGGGACGCGCGAGGCCGCAGCCGACGCCGGGCGCGCGGGCGGCAAGAAGGCGGUCGAGGCCAAGCGAGAGGCGGUUCUCGAGCGCCGCUUCGGGCGGCUCUAG